GUGGCUCGGGGGUCCCGCUCCCGGUCGUGUCCAGUCUUAUUGGGGGGGGGCUCAGCCGGGCAGCCAGCAGUGUGUGUGCGGGCUGCAGGGAGACUGUGUGGAUCCUCAGCACUACUGCAACUGUGACGCUGACCGCACCGAGUGGACUGAGGACUCUGGGCUGCUCACCCAUAAGGAGAGCCUCCCUGUCCGGUCUUUGUUGCUAGGUGACGUCAGGAGGCCGGGGUCAGAGGCCGUCUACAGGGUGGGAACCGCUCAGUUGUCAUGGGAGACAAGAACUUCUGGAACGCUGCGUUUUUCGACAAGGAGACGUCGUACCUCCACUUCCCGACCUUCCACGGAGAGCUGAGCGCGGAUAUCUCCUUCCUGUUCAAAACCACCGCCUCCUCCGGUGUGUUCCUGGAGAACCUGGGCAUCAAAGACUUCAUCCGGAUCGAACUGAGCUCCUCCACUCGGGUGGUUUUCUCCUUCGACGUCGGUAACGGGCCUCUGGAGGUUCAUGUGGAGUCGAUGGUGCCGCUGAACGACAACCGGUGGCAUCGAGUUCGAGCCGAGAGGAACGUCAAAGAGGCGUCGCUGCGGCUGGACGGACUUCCUGUCGCCACACAGGAAGCUCCGGCUGACGGACACCUCCACCUGCAGCUCAACAGCCAGCUGUUCAUAGGAGGCACAGCGUCCAGGCAGAAGGGCUUCCGGGGUUGUAUCCGCUCCCUGCAGCUGAACGGCGUCCCCCUGGACCUGGAGGAGCGGGCGGAGAUCACCCCCGGGGUCCAGCCCGGCUGCCCGGGUCACUGCAGCAGCUACGGCUCGCUCUGCCAGAACCAGGGCCGCUGUGUGGAGAGAGCCAGCGGCUUCCACUGCGACUGCGACCUGUCGGCGCACACUGGAGCCUUCUGCCGCACUGAGUUGUCGGCCAGCUUCCAGUCGGGCACGUCGCUGCGCUACACCUUCAAGGAGCCGUACGAGUUGAGCAGGAACAGCAGCGCCCUGCCGUCCUCCAUCUACUCGGAGCUGACGCUGAGAGGAGAGAACGUCUCGCUGACCUUCAGGACCAAUCAGAGCCCGGCUCUGCUGCUCUACGUCAGCUCCUACUACACCCAGUACCUGGCCCUGCUCAUCAACAAGCACGAUACGUUGGAGGUGAGGUACAAGCUGGACAGCAGCAGAGACGCUGAGGUGUUGAAGAGCAAAGUGAAGAGUCUGGCAGACGGAGAACUACACACCGUCACCCUCAGGAGACUGACUGACUCUGUGUCUCUGCAGAUCGACCAGAACCCCAGAGAAGACUUCAACCUGACAUCAGACGGAGAAUUCAACGGCAUCAAGUCGCUGGUGCUGGGCAGAGUGCACGACUCUGAGGAUCUGGAUCCAGAUCUGUCCAGGUUGGCGUCUCUGGGUUUCUCCGGCUGUCUCUCGGUGGUCCGCUUUAACUCCAUCAGCCCUCUGAAAGCUGCUCUGCUGCACCCGGACAGCAGCCCCGUCACCAUCUCCGGACCUUUACUGCAGUCCAGCUGCGGCUCCUCGGCUGCAGCCAAUCCCUACGCAGCAGAGAACACACACCACCUGUCAGAUCAUUCUGGUGUAGUGGCUUCAGGUCAACCUUUAGUCAAUGCCAUCAGGACUGACUCGGCUCUAAUUGGAGGGGUCAUAGCGGUGGUGAUCUUUGUGAUUGUGACCGUGCUGGCGAUAACGGCCAGAUUCCUCUACCGGAGAAAAGAGACGUACCGGAACCAGGAAGUGAAGGGAGUCAAACAGGAAGACAGCCAGGACUUCCAUUUCAACAACCAGACUGACCCCCAGAACGUCUCCUCUGAAAACCCAAAGGAGUAUUUCAUCUGACCGACGGCCUGAUGACCCGGGACUCUGCUCUGUACUCAGAGACACUCAGAGACUCCACUGGAAGGCAGAAAAAAGGAACAGUUCCCACAGAUGUUUCUCUCUCUGUACAUAUUGUAGAGACUGGACUUAAUAUGUGUUUAUACUCUUGUAAAUAUUCAAAAAUCUAAAUGUCAAAGUGAUGGCUAAGGCCGAUUAAUGUCCUUUCGAAAAGGUUGCACAUGAUCGAAUAUAUAUAUGAUUUACAGUAUUUAAACCCAACUUUAUUUCAGUGAAUCAGGGCAUCGUGGCUGAUGCACGUUUCUAUUAGGAUAAGAAAUGGAUGUUAGCUUGAUUGGAAAUGUUUGACUCGUAAUGAGGAAGUUAAGAAGAUUGCUUCUGUGGUUUUAAUGUCUUUUUGUGGUGCAUCAGGAGCGAAAUGGCAUGCCUGCAAACAUCCACCAAACACCGGGACGUUUUUUGAUGAUUUUUGAACCCAAUUCAGCGCCUGAAUUAAAAAAGAUUUUCCUCCAGCAACAUCUUGCUAUCAUUACAUUUAGCUGACGCUUUUAUCCAAAGCGACUUACAAUAAGUGCGUUCGACCAACAAAAUACAAACUUGAAGAAAACAGAAUCAUAUAAGUACAUCAGGCUUCAUAGAGCAAAAACAUUUCAAGUGCUACUCAACUGGCUUUAGAUAAGCCAGUCCUUUAUUAGUAUAUAAGUGCUUUGUUAAUAGUUCCAUCGCUCGAAGUGGAGUCGAAAGAGAUGAGUUU